AUGCUCUCCUCAAUUAGACUCGCCACCAGGCAAGUUGCUGUCCGUGGUGCUGCAAGAAAUGUCGGAGCUAUAAGACAAGCUUCGACGUGGGCCGACGUCCCCCAAGGCCCCCCAGUAUCACGGAAGCUUUCAAGGCAGACAGGUUUCAAGGAGAAGAUCAACUUGGGUGUUGGCGCAUACCGAGACGAUCAGGGUAAACCAUAUGUACUCCCAUCCGUACGAAGCGCCGAGAACAAGGUCAUCGAGCAAAAGUUGAAUAAGGAGUAUGCGGGAAUUACUGGUGUACCAGAUUUCACCAAGGCCGCCGCUGUCCUUGCCUAUGGUGAAGGUUCAAGCGCCCUCGACCGUGUAGUCAUCACCCAGUCGAUCUCUGGAACUGGUGCGCUCCGAAUUGGUGGUGCUUUCCUGCAGAGAUUCUUCCCUGGAGCAAAGAAGAUCUAUAUCCCAACCCCAUCAUGGGCAAACCACGCCGCUGUUUUCAAGGACUCAGGCCUCGAGGUCGAGAAAUACCGAUACUACAACAAGGAUACGAUCGGGCUCGACUUUGAGGGUAUGGUUGCAGAUAUCAAAGGUGCUCCAAAAGGCAGUGCCUUCUUGCUCCAUGCAUGCGCACACAACCCAACUGGUGUCGACCCAACCCCAGAGCAAUGGAGGGAAAUCAGUGAUGCUGUCAAGGCUGGUGGACACUACGCUUUCUUUGAUAUGGCUUAUCAAGGCUUCGCUUCAGGUAACACUGAUACGGAUGCUUACGCUUUGCGAUACUUUGUUGAGCAAGGCCAUAACCCAUGCCUUGCCCAAUCGUUCGCUAAGAACAUGGGUCUCUACGGUGAGCGUGUCGGCGCUUUCUCCGUCGUCUGUGCAGAUGCUGCUGAGAAAAAGCGCGUCGAUUCUCAGAUCAAGAUUCUCGUCCGCCCUCUCUACUCCAACCCUCCAGUUCACGGUGCUCGUAUUGCCUCUGAGAUUCUUAACGACCCUGCCUUGAACAAGCAAUGGUUAGGAGAAGUUAAGGGUAUGGCCGACCGUAUUAUCACCAUGAGAGCUCUUCUCAAGAAAGAGUUGGAGAAUUUGGGAUCAAAACAUGACUGGAGCCACAUCACCAGCCAGAUUGGCAUGUUCGCCUACACAGGACUCACUCCUGAGCAGAUGGACAAGUUGGCGAAGGAGCACUCCGUUUAUGCUACCAAGGACGGCAGAAUCUCUGUUGCCGGUAUUACCUCUGGGAACGUCAAGAGACUCGCUGCAGCUAUCCACGCCGUCAAGCCAUGA